CGCCUGUCUGCUGCUUUGUGUGAGAGGAAAAGCACGCCAUCGCCACGGAACAUGCCUUAAUUAUCCAGGAGGAGAAGCUAAAGUAAACAAGGGGAUAGGUAACGGUUUGUAACUUUGCGCACCCCUGUACAAGCUUUACUGCGACACGGUGGGGUGAGAUUUGCUGGCGGCGGGAUGCAGUCGACCUGGACACACACAGUGCUGUUCGCGGCUCUUCUUGUGUUUUUGUCUGGGCUUUCCUUUUCUACUGCAUGCAAUAAAGCAUUGUGCGCAAGUGACGUCAGCAAAUGUCUAAUACAGGAGCUGUGCCAAUGCAGGCCGUCAGAUGGGAACUGUUCAUGCUGUAAGGAGUGUAUGCUGUGUCUGGGCACGCUGUGGGAGGAGUGCUGCGACUGCGUGGGCAUGUGCAACCCGAGGAACUACAGUGACACACCGGCCACCUCUAAGAGCACAGUGGAGGAUCUCUACAGACCCAUUCCCUCUCUGUUCAGAGCACUCACUGAGGGUGAAGCCCCCAUCAACAUGAUGGUGGUCUCCUUUCCUGUAGCAGAGGAACUCUCAUACCAUGAGAACCUGGUCUCUUUCUUGGAGACCAUGGAGGAUCAGCAUCAGAACGUCUCGUUGCCUGGCAACAGCAUUCAUUCUACUUAUGAUAACACUCAAGAAAACAUGUGCACAGUGGUCUAUUUUGAUGACUGUGUUUCAAUUCGCCAAUGUAAGCAGUACUGCGAGUCGAUGGGGGGCUCGAAGUACCGCUGGUUUCACAACGCGUGCUGCGAGUGCAUCGGGCCUGAGUGUAUCGACUACGGCAGCAGAGCAGUGAAGUGCAUGAACUGUCUUUUCUAAGCCACUAGACUUGGAGUGUUGCAGAUGCUCACACAACAGCCACAAGAGGGCACAAUAACAGGACCAUAGGCACAGGAGUCAAUGACCUGGGGUUGGGAAACGGAAGCGACAAUCAUGUAAAUUACAAGACCUUGUGAUUUUGCUCUUUGUAUUAUCCUUUUAUACUUUGUUUAAUAGUUUUCUAGGAAAAGAAAGUCUUUGUAUUUUUCUAUAAAACAUUGCAUAGGCAAUCAUUCUUCAAAUAGUAUUCCUACUUCUCUGAAUAAUGCGUUUUAUAGCAUGUUUACUGUUACCAACCUUUUAUUUCUGUUUACUAUUUAAACCUAGUUCUCACAUGUUUGUUGUAUAUCAAGGUACCAUAUGGGAGGAAACAGAAAAGUCCCUGUAAUGCUGCAGUCAUAGAAUAGCACAUAGCAUUUUUAAAUAGUUUUUUAGGAAACGUCAAAUGAGAUAUCCUUAGUUAUAAUUCCUCUCCACCUUGUACGAAGAUAACUUCUGCUUUUACCACACAGGCAUGUAGAGGAUGCAAACUGAAGACCUGUCCAUAGACAUGCUCCCUGCUUAAGCCCUGUAAAUAUUAGCUUGGAGUUUAUAUCUGUAUUCAUUGUAGUCGUUGUAUCCUAGUGAGGGUAGGUUUUGGUACGGUUACUUAAAGGUACUUUUGCAUUUUGACCGAGGCUGCUCCCCCCAAAAAGAACUGCAUGUUUAAAUUUUGUGUUGCAGUGCCUGCAACAUUGAAUAAACAUUGCUGGUUAUGCUUCUGAGGUAAUUUAAAGUUCAUAAGAAGUUUAAUGACUGGAUUAAUUAAAGCAGAAUUCAGUUUGAAAUAUG